AAAAACAUCAUCAUAGAAAUUUAAAAAAAAUGCCUCCGCGUUCUAUCGUCAAGAAAUUUCUUGCAAGGCCACAACAUGAAGGAUUUGGUGCCGUUGUCAGACGAAGCAUCGGAAGGUUUGAGUUGAGAUAUUUUGAUCCUUUUCUUGUUUUGGAUGAAUUCUCAGUUUCUGCUCCUGCUGGUUUUCCUGAUCAUCCACAUAGAGGCUUUGAAACGGUCACAUACAUGUUGCAGGGAGCUGUGACACAUGAAGAUUUUGAAGGUCACAAAGGUACAAUUAAAGCUGGUGAUUUACAAUGGAUGACUGCUGGAAGAGGAAUUGUUCAUUCUGAAAUGCCAGCUGCUGAAGGAACUCAAAAGGGUUUGCAAUUGUGGAUUAAUCUCUCCUCCAAACAUAAAAUGAUACAACCGCGAUACCAAGAGAUACCAAGUGAAAACAUAGCAGAAGCAACAAAAGAUGGGAUCAAGGUGAGAAUUAUAGCAGGGGAAUCACUAGGAGCAAAAUCAGCCAUAUAUACAAGAACACCAACAAUGUAUUUGGAUUUCACUUUAAAGCAAGGAUCACAUCUUCAACAACCAAUUCCAAAAUCAUACAAUGCAUUUGUAUAUGUCUUGGAAGGUGAAGGUAUUUUUGGGCCACAUGAAGAAUCAUCAUCAAUAGGUGCACAUAAUCUACUUUUAUUAAGUGGUUCUGGUGAUGGACUCGAGGCGUGGAACAAAUCAACUAAGCCAUUAAGGUUUAUAUUGGUUGGUGGUGAACCAUUAGGUGAACCAGUAGCACAAUUGGGGCCUUUUGUGAUGAAUACACAACAAGAGAUUGAUCAAACUGUUGAAGAUUUUGAUAAUUAUACUAAUGGAUUUGAAAAAGCUAAGCAUUGGAGGUCACAAGCUAGAAUUGGACUUGAUUAUUAGUGUCAAAAAAAUGACAAAAAUAGUUAAAUUAACUUUGGUAGUAGGAUCAAAAUAGUCCCUUUGGUAUUACUUGAUCAAUUUCAAUCUUUUAAGUUUGUCAAAGUUCGUAAUUUUUGUCUUUAUCAGAUAUUUAUCAAACUCUGAAUAAAAAGAUAUAUAAAAGGCACUCACAUUCAGAAGUA